CUGAUUAAAAUUUCGUGGCGCCGACUACCUAGUUAUGAAACUCCCUCCCGAACAAAAAUGCAGAUCUAAGUCUAGUAAUUUAACGUAUUUUUCUCAGUUCUCAAAUAUUUAAUAAAAACGCAAGGGUUUAAGGGCGGGUUUUUGGAGAGGCUGCAUACAACCAGUGAUACUUCCGGUUCAGUGUAAUUCUUUAGAUUUUUUUUCCGCAGAGCAGAGUAGGUCUGUGAGAGCUUCACGACAUGAGCUACGCAGCGUUCAAAAUGGUCCAUGGUCCCACGGGCGUGCAGCACUGUGCGGCAGGUUACAUAACGCAUUCGUUAACAGAGAACCCUCCAUUGGCCUCCGAGGAGGACAUCGACAUGGAAGGCAUGGAAGGAGAAGGAGAAUGGGUCCCUCCUAAACGGAAAGGGCCCAAGGCUCCCAUUCCCAACCUCGUGGUCGUCAAGGCCAAUGUUCUGGAAGUAUAUAUUGUGAGAGUGCAGGAAGAUGAUAAGAGAAUGCCUCUUACUACCGAGGCCUCCAAUAAGGCUGCUACCAUGGCCGGCAUUUCCGGCGCCUGGUUAGAAGUUGUUUGCCAUUACAGAUUACAUGGUAAUGUUGAAAGCAUGGCAAUUUUAUCCCCUGGGCAUGAUGAUGGCCGUAGAAAGAGAGAUGCAAUUAUUUUGUCAUUUCGAGAUGCAAAGAUAUCUGUGAUGGAGUUUGAUGAUUCAAUUCAUGGCCUUCGAACAAGCUCAAUGCAUUAUUUUGAAGGACCUGAGUGGCAGUAUCUGAAAAGGGGUAGAGAGAAAUUUGCAAGAGGUCCAUUGGUACAAGCAGAGCCACAAGGGAGAUGUGGUGGCGUGUUGUUAUAUGAUUCUCAAAUGAUAAUACUUAAAGCUGCUCAGGCUGGAUAUGGACUUGUUGGAGAUGAUGAAGGCAGUGGGAGUGGUGGUACUGUUUCUGUUCAUAUUGAAUCGUCAUACAUUGUGAGUCUUCGGGAUUUGGAUAUGAAGCAUGUGAAAGAUUUCACAUUUAUACAUGGAUAUAUUGAACCUGUGAUGGUCAUACUUCAUGAAAGGGAGCCAACAUGGGCAGGACGUUUAGCAUGGAAGCAUCAUACAUGUAUGAUUUCGGCUCACAGUAUCAGCAUGACUUUAAAGCAGCAUCCUCUUAUUUGGUCUGCUCCUAACCUUCCACAUGAUGCCUAUAGACUUUUGGCUGUCCCUUCUCCAAUUGGUGGUGUUAUUGUAAUGUGUGCUAAUAGUCUCCAUUAUCACAGUCAGUCUGUAUCAUGCGCACUUGCUUUAAAUGACUUUGCAAUGACUACAGAAGGCAGCUCAGAGACACCAAGGUGCAAUUUUGAUGUGGAGCUUGAUGCUGCUCAUGCAACAUGGAUCUCUAGUGAUGUAGCACUGUUCUCAACAAAGACAGGAACUCUACUUUUGCUUUCACUUGUUUAUGAUGGCAGGGCUGUACAGAAGUUGGAGCUAUCAAAGUCCAAGGCUUCUGUCUUGGCAUCAUGCAUAUCAACGGUUGGAGAUGCAUUCUUUUUUCUUGGGAGUCGCUUGGGUGAUAGCCUAUUAGUUCAGUUCAAUUGUGGGAUGACAUCUUCUUCUUCAAGUUCAAGAUUGUCAAAAGCAGAGGUCGGUGAUAAUGAUGGAGAAGCUCCUUUAGCGAAAAGGUUACGGCGGGCGUCUUCAGACAUUUCACAAGAUGUUGUUGGAGAGGAACUUUCUCUUUACAACUUAACUCCCAAUAACUCAGAUUCGUUACAGCAGAAGGCCUUUUCAUUUGCGGUUAGGGACUCUUUGGUUAAUAUUGGUCCUUUGAAGGACUUUGCUUCUGGAUUAAGAAGCAAUGCAGAUGUUAAUGCAGUGGGUGUUGCAAAGCAAAGCAAUCAUGAGCUGGUAUGUUGUUCUGGGCAUGGAAAGAAUGGCUCAUUGUGCAUUCUUCAACAGUCUAUCCGUCCAGAGUUGAUCACAGAGGUUGAGCUACCUGGGUGCAAAGGAAUUUGGACAGUUUAUCACAAGGGCUCACGGAGCCAUUCAUCUGAUUCAUCAAGAGUAAAUUCAGAUGAGGAUGAGUUUCAUGCUUAUCUGAUUAUAAGCUUAGAGUCCCGUACCAUGGUUCUGGAGACGGCUGACAUGUUAGGAGAGGUUACAGAAAGUGUUGAUUAUUAUGUUGAUGGGUGUACAAUAGCUGCAGGAAACUUGUUCGGAAGACGUCGUGUUGUACAAGUAUAUGCACGGGGUGUUCGUAUUCUUGAUGGUGCAUAUAUGACCCAGGAGUUGUGCAUUGAAGUUCCAAAUGCUGAAACGAGUUCAACUUCUGAUAGUGCUGCAGUGUCAACUGUAUCGAUUGCAGAUCCGUAUGUUCUACUAAAGAUGUCAGAUGGAAGUAUUCAACUAAUUGUUGGAGACCCCUCAGCUUGCACUGUUUCAAUGAAGUCACCACCUAUAUCUAAAAGCUCUGCUGACCCUAUUGCCGCAUGCUCACUUUAUCAUGAUAGAGGACCUGAACCUUGGUUAAGGAAAACUAGCACAGAUGCUUGGCUUUCAACAGGAACAGCAGAUGAUCUUGAAGGGACAGAUGGUUCAACACUAGAUCAGGGAGAUAUAUACUGCAUAGUAUGCAGAGAGAGUGGCAGACUUGAUCUAUUUGAUGUUCCCAACUUUAGAUGUGUUUAUUCCAUUGAUAAGUUUAUGUCUGGAAAGAGUAUCCUAGUAGAUACUUAUCUCCCAGAUGUCUAUAGUGAUACCCAGGGAACUGUAAAGGAGCAAUCUGAAGCAAGUUCAGAGGAAAUUAAAAAAGAAGCUGGGAAUAAAAUGAAAGUUGUAGAAAUAUGCAUGCAGAAAUGGAGUGGUCAGUUUGGUCGUCCCUUCCUUUUUGCAAUAUUGACUGAUGGGACAAUGUUGUGUUACCAUGCAUAUUUAUUUGAAGGACAGGAUAAUUCAGGAAAGGCAGAAGGCACAAGUACAGCAGAGAAUGCAACUAACAGUAUUAGUACAUCCAGGCUUAGGAAUUUGCGAUUUGUUCGUGUGUUCUUGGAAUCAAUGACAAGGGAUGAAGUUGGAACAGAAGCUUCGGGACAAAGGAUUGUGAAUUUUAGGAACAUUGGUGGUUACCAAGGUGCCUUCCUCACAGGCACACGACCUGCAUGGUUAAUGGUCUGUAGAGAGAGACUUCGAGUUCAUCCUCAGCUUUGUCAUGGGCAUAUUGUCGCAUUUACUCCUCUUCAUAACAUAAAUUGCAACCAUGGGCUUAUAUAUGUUACAGCACAGGGGUUUCUUAAAAUAUGUCAGCUUCCAUCCCUCAACUAUGACAAUUACUGGCCGGUUAAAAAGAUUCCAUUGAGGGGUACUCCUCAUCAGAUAACUUAUUUUCCAGACAACAAUCUUUAUGCCUUAAUAAUCUCUUUUCCUGUUUCCAGACCUGUGAGUCAAGUUCUACCUUCACUUGUUGACCAGGAUAGUAAUCAUCAGACAGAGGUAGAUGGUGUUGGAUCUGAGGAUGUGGAGAAAUCAUUUAUUGUAGAUGACUUUGAAGUGCGUAUUUUGGAGCCCUCAAAAUCAGGUGGCCUUUGGGAAGCAAAGGCUUCAAUAAAAAUGCAAACUUCAGAGAAUGCAAUUACUGUUCGCAUGGUAACCCUGUUGAAUACUACAACCAAAGAGAAUGAAACAUUUUUAGCCAUUGGGACAGCUUAUGUCCAAGGAGAGGAUGUUGCUGGAAGAGGUCGAAUCAUCCUUGCAUCUGUUCGUCAAGAUCCAAAAAAUCCUGAUAGCUGGGUGACUGAAGUGUAUUCAAGAGAAUUGAAAGGUGCAAUUUCGGCUCUAGCAGCCCUCCAGGGCAAUCUUUUGAUAGCAUCUGGUGCUAAAAUUAUUCUGCACCAGUGGAAUGGCGAAGAGCUAAAUGGGUUUUCAUUUUAUGAUGCUCCUCAUUAUGUUGUUAGUCUAAACAUUGUUAAAACAUUUAUCUUAUUUGGUGACGUACAUAAAAGCAUAUACUUCUUAAAUUGGAAAGAAGAAGGAACUGCAUUAAUCUUGCUAGCAAAGGAUUUUGGAUUACUCGAUUGUUAUGCUACAGAGUUUCUAAUUGAUACGACUACUCUGAGUCUUGUUGUUUCAGAUGAUCAGAAAAACAUCCAGAUAUUCUACUAUGCACCUAAAAGCAUGGAGAGCUGGAAAGGUCAAAAGCUUCUUCCUAGGGCUGAGUUCCAUGUGGGAGCACAUGUAACAAAAUUCUUACGAUUACAGAUGCUUCCUACUUCACUUUCUGACCGACCAAAUCGCUAUGCUCUUCUAUGUGGCACACUUGAUGGAAGCAUUGGAUGUAUUGCUCCUCUCGAUGAGCUGACUUUCAGGAGGCUCCAAACAUUGCAGCGCAAACUAGUAGAUGCUGUUCCACAUGUAGGUGGAUUGAAUCCAAGGGCAUUCAGGCAGUUCCGUGCUAACGGGAAGGCUCAUCGGCCAGGUCCCGACAAUAUUGUGGAUUCUGAGCUGCUUUGCUACUAUGAAAUGUUACCACUUGAAGAGCAGUUGGAGAUUGCAAAUCAAAUUGGGACUACACGAGGCCAGAUUCUCAAUAAUCUUAAUGACCUCAGCAUUGGCACAAGCUUCUUGUAAAUUUGUACAAAUACUGUCACUGAAUCUCGAUAAAUGAAUGUCAAAUGGGUAUCUGCUUCUAUUGCAUUUCUGCAUAAAGAUAAAUAAAAAUUGCAGCAAAGAAGCUCCAUUUCAAGUUCCUCUAAUGUAUUAUAGAACUUAAGUUAUUUUUAUAAUUAUACAUUUAGGUAUAAGAGUAACUGUAGGCUUCUGGACAGUUAAGUGGGUUUUGCCACAUAUGGUGUCCCUUUCCCAUAUAGCAUCUAAACUUUCACAAUAAUGAAAGACAGAGGCACGAGCCCUAAUAUGCACUGGUUCUAUAAUUGUUACAUUAAAUAAUUUUUAAAAAUUUACCAGAUUCUGUUUGUAGGAUUCCA